AUGAAUGAAGUUCACAAAGGCGCUUGUGUAACGCACAUAGGAGGACAAAGCUUAGCUUCCAAGAUCCUCCGAGCAGGUUACUACUGGCCAACAUUGCAACAAGACUGCAUGUAUAAGGUUAAACAUUGUGACCACUGCCAACGUCAUGCACCAGUCAUUCACAAUCCAGUCGAGCAGUUACACUCGUCCGAGGGACUCAGGAAGAAACUCGAAGACUCCAAAGGAGAAUGGGGCUAUAACACAACAGAACAAUCAUCAACAAAAGAAACUCCUUUCAGGAUGGUAUACGGAUGUGAUGCCAUGCUACCAAUUGAAGUCUCACUACAAUCUCCCAGGACCGAGAACAUCAACGAAGACGACAACAUUCAAAACAGAAGAACCAAGCUUGACCUCGUCGAAGAGGACCGAAACAAAUCAACACUGCAACAACUCGCUACAAAGCGAGCUAUAGCUCGGAAAUAUAACAAGAACCUCAAACCAAGGACAUCCUCAGAGGACAACCUCGUUCUCAGAAAAAUAGAAAAUGUACGAAAACCAACAGGACAUGACAAGCUAAGCACCAACUGGGAAGGACCGUUCCGAAUAUACAAAGUCAUCGGUAAGGGAGCAUACAAAAUUCAAACACUUGAUGGAACUAUCCUACCAAACAAUUGGAAUAUUUCUUCUUUAAAGAUGUAUUACAUUUAG